AUGAUAACGCAGCCGAGAAUAGAGAUCAUUGAAAUUAACGAUAAGCCGGAAAAUCCCAUUCUAGAGGAACCGGUUGUGCCGUCAGACACCGAGAUCAUCGACUUUCUGAUGCAGCUAUGGAAGCUGGAUUCAUCGGCCGAAGACUACGGUGUUGCCAGACUACACCAGAGUCUCAAAACCGACCACCCGUUGUGGGUGGUGUCAGAAAAACGACUCCGGAAGAUUCUGAAGGUUAAUGGACUUCUGCAGGAUAUUAAUCCGGAGUAUGCAUAUACCUACAUAGACCAGAUCUCGUCGGGAUCUACCCCAGGUCUGUCUGAGGCCCUUCCCGAAAACGUCGAGGAACGUGAAAUGGCUGAAGGAAAAAGCUCAGGACUUUUUGCAACAGCUGGAAUAUCCGAGGGUACUUUGAUUUGGCAGGAAUCGCCUUUGGUAUUCAUUCUGACAUUGGACAUUUUGAAGCUGGUGAAACUGGGUGAUCGAUGUGCACACUGUGGUGGAGCUCUUCCGAAUAGAAAAGAUGGUGCCAACGUGAAACUGGGACUCGAUUGUAACAAAUGUGAGGCUGUUUGGUGUUCUAUCAAGUGUAAGGAGGCCGAUGGUGCCAUCCACGCUACGCUGUCUCAUUCCACAUCCAAGAGAUUGGUUAACUCGACCAAAUGGCUAGAGCUCCAGGACUUUUGUCAUGAAAAGGACUGGAACGGGUUAUUUGCCAUCGCAGUGAUUAGGUCGCGUAUUUUGCUAGACAAAACAGGAAUAUUGGGCCCCCAAUGGCUUUCUCAGGCGAAGGUCAGACAGGAUGUUCGAGUGAAAUCCCAGGUUAGAAGCAGUUUCGAGACCAGUGAUGGCGAUGAGUCCAGUUGGGACUCACAGGUUUGGGCCGAGGGUCUUGAAAAAUUAAAUGCGUGUUUUGUCCACGAGGAAGACCGGUUGGAAUAUGCCGAAUUCUUGGAGUAUCUGGGAAGAUUUCACCUGAAUGAGUAUGAGAAUAGCAUCUAUCUAUUGCUCUCCAGAGUGAAUCACGAUUGCGCUCCAAACGUACGAAUUGAGUCCGAGAAGGGUGCGAUACGUGCCUAUGCUAUACGUGACAUUGUUAAGGAUGAAGAACUCACGGUAUCGUAUGUGAACCCUAGCCAUGGCGUUAUUCAUCGCAGAAGAGAACUUCGUGAAGGCUAUGGGUUCAUAUGCAAUUGUGCCAAGUGUGAAGCUGAACUGAAACUUCAGGAAAGACGAAGAUCCAACUCCAGAUCUAACUCGCGAUCUUCGGUUUCUGGCCAACGAGUCAAGAUCAAGGAUUUACUUGAAGGUGGUCAAGAGUUUGAGCUUGGUGUUCCCGAGGAUGUUGGAAAGGGCAGAAGGAAGUCCGUGCGGUUUGACGAGAAGGUGAUUGCCGUUAGUUAG